CCGAGGGGGAGGGGCGGGCCCGGCCCGGCUCGGCCCGGCCGCCCGCGCCCGGCUCCAGGAGGCCCCGGGCCCGGCCCGGGCGGCGGUGGCGGUGGCUGCUCUAGCUCGAGACCUCUGUGGCGCCCUUGCACCGCACCGCAGCCAUGGCCCUGGUGACCCUGCAGCGCUCGCCCACGCCCAGCGCCGCCUCCUCCUCGGCCAGCAACAGCGAGUUGGAGGCUGGCAGCGAAGAAGAUCGAAAAUUAAACCUCAGCUUAAGCGAGAGCUUUUUCAUGGUGAAAGGCGCAGCCCUCUUCUUACAACAGGGAAGCAGCCCUCAAGGCCAGCGGAGUCUUCAGCACCCCCACAAGCAUGCAGGUGACCUGCCUCAACAUCUUCAGGUGAUGAUCAACCUUCUGCGUUGUGAAGACAGAAUCAAGCUGGCCGUGCGCCUGGAGAGCGCCUGGGCGGACCGGGUCCGGUACAUGGUGGUGGUGUACAGCAGCGGGCGCCAGGACACCGAGGAGAAUAUCUUGCUGGGAGUGGACUUUUCCAGUAAGGAAAGUAAAAGCUGCACCAUUGGGAUGGUUCUCCGACUGUGGAGCGACACGAAAAUCCACCUUGAUGGAGAUGGUGGGUUCAGCGUGAGCACAGCAGGAAGGAUGCACAUAUUUAAGCCUGUGUCUGUCCAGGCCAUGUGGUCUGCCCUGCAGGUGCUUCACAAGGCCUGCGAAGUGGCCCGGAGGCACAACUACUUCCCCGGGGGCGUAGCUCUCAUCUGGGCUACCUACUAUGAGAGCUGCAUCAGCUCCGAACAGAGCUGCAUCAACGAGUGGAACGCCAUGCAGGACCUGGAGUCCACACGACCCGACUCCCCCGCGCUGUUUGUGGACAAGCCCACUGAAGGGGAAAGGACCGAGCGCCUCAUCAAAGCCAAGCUCCGAAGCAUCAUGAUGAGCCAGGAUCUAGAAAAUGUGACUUCCAAAGAGAUUCGUAAUGAAUUAGAGAAACAGAUGAAUUGUAACUUGAAGGAAUUCAAGGAAUUCAUAGACAAUGAGAUGCUACUUAUCUUGGGACAGAUGGACAAGCCCUCCCUUAUCUUCGAUCAUCUUUAUCUCGGCUCUGAAUGGAAUGCAUCCAAUCUGGAGGAACUGCAGGGCUCAGGGGUGGAUUACAUUUUAAAUGUUACCAGAGAAAUUGAUAAUUUUUUUCCUGGCUUAUUUGCGUAUCAUAACAUCCGAGUGUACGAUGAAGAGACCACAGACCUCCUCGCCCACUGGAACGAAGCGUAUCAUUUUAUAAACAAAGCGAAGAGGAACCAUUCCAAGUGCCUGGUGCAUUGCAAAAUGGGCGUGAGUCGUUCGGCCUCCACUGUCAUUGCCUAUGCAAUGAAAGAGUUCGGCUGGCCUCUGGAAAAAGCAUAUAACUAUGUGAAGCAGAAGCGCAGCAUCACGCGCCCCAACGCGGGCUUUAUGAGGCAGCUGUCUGAGUAUGAAGGCAUCUUGGAUGCAAGCAAACAGCGGCACAACAAACUAUGGCGUCAGCAGACAGACAGCAGCCUCCAGCAGACUGUGGAUGACCCUGCAGGACCCGGCGACUUCUUGCCAGAGACCCCAGAUGGCACCCCGGAAAGCCGGCUGCCCUUCUUGGAUGAUGCCGCCCAGCCCAGCUUAGGACCCCCCCUCCCCUGCUGUUUCCGGCGACUCUCAGACCCCCUUCUGCCUUCCCCCGAGGAUGAAACUGGCAGCUUGGUCCACCUGGAGGAUCCAGAGAGGGAGGCUCUGUUGGAGGAAGCUGCUCCACCUGCAGAGGUGCACAGGCCGGCCAGACAGACCCAGCAAGGUUCCGGACUCUGUGAGAAGGAUGUGAAGAAGAAACUAGAGUUUGGGAGUCCCAAAGGCCAGAGUGGCUCCUUGCUGCAGGUGGAGGAGAUGGAAAGGGAGGAGGGCCUGGGAGCAGGGAGGUGGGGGCAGCUUCCAACCCAGCUCGAUCAAAACCUGCUCAACUCGGAGAACCUAAACAACAACAACAGCAAGAGGAGCUGUCCCGAUGGCAUGGAGCAUGAUGCUAUAUUUGGGAUCCUUAACAAAGUGAAGCCUUCCUAUAAAUCCUGUGCCGACUGCAUGUACCCUACAGCCAGCAGGGCUCCUGAGGCCUCCAGGGAGCGAUGUGAGGACCCCAAUGCUCCUGCCAUCUGCACCCAGCCAGCCUUCCUACCCCACAUCACGUCCUCCCCUGUGGCCCACUUGGCCAGCAGGUCCCGUGUUCCGGAGAAGCCAGCCUCUGGCCCAACCGAACCUCCCCUGUUCCUACCACCAGCAGGCUCCAGGAGGCCAGACACCAGUGGCCCUGGGGCUGGAGCUGCCCUAGAGCCACCAGCCAGCCUUUUGGAACCUUCCAGAGAGACCCCAAAAGUUCUGCCAAAGUCCCUCCUUUUGAAGAAUGCUCACUGUGAUAAGAACCCUCCCAGCACAGAAGUGGUAAUAAAGGAAGAAUUGUCACCCAAGAAAGAUAUGAAGCCAGCCAAGGACCUGAGGCUUCUGUUCAGUAAUGAAUCUGAGAAGCCGACAACCAACAGCUACUUGAUGCAGCACCAGGAGUCCAUCAUUCAGCUGCAGAAGGCAGGCUUGGUCCGCAAGCACACCAAAGAGCUGGAGCGGCUGAAGAGCGCACCUGCAGACCCAGCACCUCCCUCCAGGGAUGGCCCCGCCGGCAGGCUGGAGGCCAGCAUCCCUGAGGAGAGCCAGGAUCUAGCCGCGCUCCACGAGCUGGGCCCCCUGGUUAUGUCCGGCCAGGCUGGGAGUAAUGAGAAAUCAGAGGCCUCCCCAGCUUCAUUGGAAGGAGGCUCACUGAAGAGCCCCCCUCCUUUCCUCUACCGCCUGGACCACACCAGUAGUUUCUCAAAAGACUUUCUGAAGACCAUCUGCUACACCCCCACCUCCUCUUCCAUGAGCUCCAACCUGACCCGGAGCUCCAGCAGCGAUAGCAUCCACAGCGUCCGUGGGAAGCCCGGGCUGGUGAAGCAGCGGACGCAGGAGAUUGAGACCCGGCUCCGGCUGGCGGGCCUCACCGUCUCUUCCCCACUGAAGCGCUCACACUCUCUUGCCAAGCUCGGAAGUCUCAACUUCUCAACGGAAGACCUGUCCAGUGAGGCUGACCCGUCCACCGUCGCUGACUCCCAGGACACCACAUUGAGCGAAUCUUCCUUCUUGCAUGAGCCCCAGGCAACCCCGAGGGACCCAGCUGCAACCUCCAAACCAUCAGGGAAACCCGCCCCAGAAAACUUAAAGAGCCCUUUGUGGAUGAGCAAAAGCUGACCCGUCUUUUGCUGUGUCAGGCUGGGCGGAUAUUUUCACAUGAUCCCUCCCUCACUUUCACUGUGGAUUUGGAUCGACCCCUUACAUCUUGAUUUCCCUUAAACGAUUGAAGUCAUCCUAACUUUUCCCCUACUCUUGCUAUAGAGAGGAGGAGAAGAAACUAAACAACAUGCAGCACAAGAAGGGGAGCUAUCAGUCGUGUGGCCUGGGAGAACCAGGAGCCGCUGGCCAGGAGACACAAAACUCCGCUCCCACCGUGUCUUCAAGAAAAACCGUGUUUUAGGAAGAAUGUGCACACAUAGGUGCACACAUCCAGACUGUUCCCUUCACAUCCUGCAGAAGAGUCCUGGUGGUGGCAGCCUCACCGCGGCACACGCUCUAGCUCAUUCUGGGCCUCGCAGAAAACUCUCGGAUGGCAACAUUAAGUCCUACCUCUGUUCUCGCUGUGCUUUUUAUUUUUAAAACACAAGAAUGACCAAGGCUCGUUCCAGGGAAUAAUGCUCUGUCUGAAACCGUUUUUCCAAAAAAAAGAAUUUUUCGUUUUGUGUUUUGAUUGGGACCCCAGACACGUCAAGACUUUUAACCCGACAGCCCCAAGCACUGCUGGGUAAAGUCAUCAGAUGAGUAGUCCCACGCUGUUGUUGAGCUGACUCUGUGCCCAAUUUGUGGUGCAGGCGCUCUUUCCUGGUUGUGUUGUUACGUGUUUGACCAGCACAGGGGUCCGGUGGGGAGAAUGUAUGGGUUGUUCUCAGUUGUUGCUAAUGCUGAAGUUUAAAUCUCAAGGGGAAGGGCCCACCCGCAUUGUUGAGCGUCUGCUGCUGAAACACAUGGUUGUGUUUAGGUUUGAAAUUGCUUAAGUGUCUGGCUCAGGUGGUGGUUCUGAGACACAUCGUCCUGCUGAGAGCCCAGAUUGCUUAGCUCCACUAAGGCCCAUCCAGGGAAGGGAAAGGAGAUUUCAGCAGCUUCCCUGAAAGGAACAGGACUGUCGGGACGCUUCCCAGAUGUCUACAGUUGCCCCUUCCUGCAGUGAGAUUACUGCUUCCUGUUUCCCUCCAGCUCUUCCCAACAGCAGUGAUGGAGUAUAAGAGGGAUCUGUAGUCGCUGCCUGGCUCUGUGGACGGCCCCUUUAAGACUCAGGUGAGCUCAGCCAGUCCCGCUGCGCCAGGCUUGAAUCAAAGGUGUCAGCAAGCUAGAUGUCAAAACAUUUUGAGAGAGAGGCAGCUUGUAGAAAAGCAGAAAGGUUGAAUUCAGGGGUCAGCAAACUAUGGCAUGUGGCCCCGUGAGCUAGGAAUGGUUUUUCCUUUUUCCUUUGAGACAGAGCCUGGCUCUGUCCACCCAGGCUGGAGUACAGUAGUGCAGUCUUGACUCUGCAGCAUCAACCUCCCUGGCUCAAGCAAUGGCUUUUACCUUUUUAAGGAGUUGUAAAAAAAAAGAAAUAAUAUGUGACAGAAUUCACGUGGCCCACAAAGCCUGAGAUACUUACUGUCAGGUCCUUUAUAGAAAAAGUUGCUGACUCCUGGUUUGAUUUGCCAGACAGGGCUGCCCAUGGCCCUGUAGGAAGAAACUGGGUAAAUUUGAAGCCCUCUGCCUCUCUGACACCUAAGGCCAGACCCUUCCCUCCUCCCAACCACAAGCUUUGCCAGCCCCUCACUAGCCUCACCUGUGCAGGAUGGAGUAGGUUGCGUACGUGGGGGAAGGCAGGUGAACACAGUUGAAGCUCUUCCACAAUUGCAUCUUGCCGUCAGCUGGGUCUUCCAGAUUAACUCAGUGAAACCAGAAAGCCUUCAAGGGCCAGCUGAAUUCUGAAAGUGGGUGAGUGAGCCAUCAUCUUACAUUGGUCAGAACCGUGCUCCCCAAAGCUAUUCUAGAAAGCACCCCAGGCGGGGUCUGCAGGAACAAGGCUAGUUCAUAUUUUACCUAGUGGGCAGAGUUUUUGCAAAAAUCCUCCCUCCAGGACUUUGUUUCUUUGGAGUGAUUUUUAAAAAUACAUACAUUAUAGGAAGCUGUUUUCCCACUAGUGUCAAUUAAAAUCACCUUAAAAGGUGAUUAUCCACUUAUUCCUGAAACCCUGUGGGUUGUUCCCCCUUUUCCCUCAGCCAACAAAAGCAUAGCCUCAAAAAAUAUCAAGUUCAGUAUGUUUUGCCAAAUCAAAUUUCGUGUGGUAGAUCAAUUUUUGUGUCAAAAUAAUCUUUUAAAUUUAGUGAUGACAGGCUUUCGUUGGUUUUUUAACCACAUCUAUGUAUGAGAAUAAUAUAUUUUUGAAAACUUUAAUUUUGGAAGCCAUAAUUUUUCUUAUCUAAAGAGUUGGGAGGUGGGGUGUGGAAUCUGGAGAAUACAAGUUGGUCUUUGGCUUCUGGCAAACUUACCCAUUCAUUUUCGGAAGCACAACUAGCAUAUCAACAUCCAGACAAGAGCGCUGGUCCCGUCAUCAGAGCAAAGUGAAGCAUUCUUGACUUCAUGCUUAAUACUCUGGCCUGGAGAAAAGGAUAAGAUUUUUUUUUUUUUUUUUGGAAACCCAGAUCAGUUGCAUGUAAGCAGAUGGCACAUGGCUAUUUAAAAUGCUAUAUGAUGGGGCUGGGUGCGGUGGCUCACGCCUGUAAUCCCAGCACUUUGUGAAGCCGAGGCAGGUGGAUCAUCUGAGGUCAGGAGUUCUAGACCAGCCUGGCCAACAUGGUAAAACCCCAUCUCUACUAAAAAUACAAAAACUUAGCUGGAUGUGGUAGCGUGUGCCUGUAAUCCUAGCUACUAAGGAGGCUGAGGCAGGAGAAUCGCUUGAACCUGGGUGGCGGAGGUUGCAAUGAGCCGAGAUCGCACCACUGCACUCCAGCCUGGGUGCAGUGAAACUGGGAGUGAAACUCUGUCUCAAAAAAAUAAAAUGCCAUAUGAACAACAUGAGCAUUCCGUCAGGCGUCGGGACACCUGGGCAAAGACAAAUUCAUACUGUCUCUGAAAAGAAAGUUUGCACUGUAACAUAUGCCAUAGCUUGGCCCUUGCUUUGUAUGCAACCUUAGCUGAUGGGGAAAAUUCCAAACCUAAGUGGCACAGGAAAGAGGCAGGCGGUGGAGGCAGGGGUCUGUGCUGUGCAAGUCACUGGUUUUUUAUGACUAUCAUUUUCACUGAAUGCAUUUGUUGAAUUGGGACAAAAGGAACAUUUUCUAAAUCAGCUUGAUACUCUGUAUAAACAGCUGAAUCUUACCUUCUGCCUCACAUUAAUUCAUGUGGCAUGCCAAAAGUUAGACUGAACUUUUCUACAUCUUCACCUUGCAUUGAUACGGGAAGGUCUUCUCUUUAAGUCUUGUUAAGUAUAAGGGGGAUAGUGGUCACGGGAAGAGGAGAACCAGGCUGCUCUCGGAUGGUAAUUGACAAUGCCGAUUUCCAUUUCUUUGUCUUAUGGCUACUUCCGAGUCUUCUAGCAAGGUCCCUUGUUGCACGUAUUUCCUAAGAGCAGAGUUUAUUUCUCUUUCCAUUCCCUGCUUCCUUGCUGUCCGUGCAGGGACCCCAGCCAACCUCUGGGCUGUUGAAUAGCUCUCUGCUGGGUGGCAAGCCCUUCUCCUUGGCACCCUGUUGCUUAAGCAUACAGAUUGCUCACCAGGUGCACACAGACAGCUGUACUGUCCAAGCCCAUUCUGCUCCACCCUGUCCUCUUCAGCUAAAGAGCAUUCCAGUAAUAUAAAGCCCUUUCCCCCUGGAGAAGUCCAGAGGAUGCAGCAGUAUGGAGCUGAGCUUGAACAGAACAGACCCUCAGCACGGCCCUGGACUAAUGCACUGUUAUCUCAGGGCAGUCCAUUCUAGAAGGUUGAUAAACUUCCCCACCACUCUCCUGGGGACCUUUUCUCCCUAGUGGGAACAAAUGUGACAUAAUUUAGUCAAGAUCCUAUUAAGUCACCUCACCUGAGGCAUCUGGAGAGGGAGUUGCCUUCCAUUGGUGGGAAAUUGUUGGUGCCAGAAUACAUUUUGCCCAAAACUCUUCUCAUUGGCUGGCCACCUAGCAGGGCUCCUCUGAACACACAACUCAGCGAGGGGACCCCCUUCACCUCUGGCAGGAGAGCUGGGUAAAUCAGAAACUUGGUGACACCUGGCUAGCACGGAGCAGGCUCACUCGUCUUGGUCCCACUACCCAGAUUCCUGCAGACAUUGCAGGCCAAAUGAAGGUUGUUGAAUGACCCCUGUCCCCAGCCACUUGUUAUUAUCUGCUCUGCAAUGGAAUGCCUAUGUGUUUGAGUUCACUCUGCAUCUAUAUAUUUGAGUAUAGAAACCGAGUCAAGUGAUCAUGUGCAUCCAGACACAGUGUCACUUGAGCCACAGAGCAAAUCACCUUAACGAUCUGGAAUGAAACUGUGACCAGUGCCGCCCUGGGUGGUUCUGGAGAGACUGCCGUCUUCUUGUUUGGCCGUAGGUGCUGGGGCCCUGGCUUCAGUCACUGUCUCGGACAGGAGUCCCGAUAAGCAGAUCACCAGUCCUCCACUGUCCUUCCUGUCGGCCUUGCUGCAUGAGAAGAUAGCUGCUUCCUCCCUCUUUUCCUACACUGUAAUUAUUGUUUUACAAUUGAGUGCCUUAAUAAUAGUUUACAAAUACUAUGUAUUUAUGCAAAACUGUUAAACUCUCAUCUGUUGUGAUUGAAUACUUGGUCUUGUUAGUAGUGGUGGGUAUUGGGAUGUGAGCUUGUCCUACUCCAUAUGUGUUUAUUCUGCUAUGCAGUUUUACAUUGUGUGUUCACAUCUGUUCCAAGGAGCCUUGCUAGAAACAACACUGGUAGUUCCUGCAGGCCAGGCAGGCAUUGGCCCAUGCUGUGUCCCAUAGGAGGCAAUGAAAGAACGUAGCUUGGUCUGCUAGCCAGCCGUGGAAUGGCGCAGGCCAAGCGGCCUCUGCACCAGAGUCCAGCACCUGCCCAUUCCCCAGUCAUACAAUCAUACUCUUCUUUCAUAGAGAUUUUAUUACCACCUAGGCCACCCUAGUUUUCCUCUCUGUUAGUGUCCUGAGCUCUUUUGCAACAAAAUGUAGGUACAGACCAAUCCCUGUCCCUCCCCCAAUCAGGAGCUCCACACCAUGAGUUGUUUGGUUUUCCAGAAGCUGCCAGUGGGUUCCCGUGAAUUGCGUUACGAUAUCGAUGAUUUUUUUAUUAUAUAUUUUUUCUUGUUUUUUUAAAUAAUAUAUUUAAAGGCAGUAUCUUUUGUACUGUGAAUUUGCAGUAGAAGAUGCAGAAUGCACUUUUUUUUUUUUACUUCUGUUGGUGUGUAUUGUAUAUAGUGUGUGUGCUUCUUGUGAUGAAAAUAAACUUUUUCUUUAUAAAUUC